UGUGCACGUCAGCGCGCACAGAGCUUCUUCGGUUAGUCGGUGGUCGCUCCGCAGCUCCGUUACUUUGUGUCGGCGGUUGUUUGAAGCUACAGGAGCUCGCUCAUGGAGGAAACGUGAGGUUUUACCGGAGAGGAGAGAAACGGAGGAGGAGAAGUUUUCCCGCGGUGUCAUUCCAGCGUGAUGCGUGGUGAUGGAGGAGGCGGAGCACAGCCGCUACGUCACGCAGCUGAAAGCUGAGUUCGACAGCUGCGACACGACGGCCACCGGCUUUCUGGACAGAGACGAGCUGACGGAGCUCUGCAGGAAGCUGCAGCUGGACGCACAUCUGCCGCUGCUGCUCGACACGCUGCUGGGAGAGCGCACAUACGGCAGGGUGAACUUUGAGGAGUUUAAGGAGGGCUUUGUAGCUGUUCUGUCUCGUUCUCUGGACUUCAGCACCUCAGAGGACGACAGCAGCUACCUGGAGCCAGCUGUUCCAGAGGAGGUGAAGCCAAAGUUCGUGAAGGGAACGAAGCGUUAUGGCCGCCGCUCUCGUCCUGACAGUAAGCUCGAUGCUGUGCUGGCCUGCGACUCGGAGGACUCCCCGCCGUCCAGAACCGAACCCGCGGACUUGUCGCCACCCGGCGUCCGCAGAGCCAAACUGAGACGGGCCACGUCUCUGGAGAGUGUGGAGAGCCUGAAGUCUGAUGAGGAGACAGGAAGUCAGAAGAAUGUCCAGCCGCUCUUUCAGAAUAAAGGUGAGCAGCAGGAGGAGGAGCUGGAAGUGGGAGGAAGCCAUCACGUCAUGACAGCAGUGUGUGAUCACCUGGGUCUGCAGCACCUCCACACACAGGACAUGGACGUGCUCCUCAGGAGGUUGGAUGCCGACCUGGACGGCAGAGUCAGCAUCAGAGAGUUCAAGAAGGUUCUGUGUAGCUCCACCCCCUUUUCAAGCUCCACCCCUACACGAUCAACUGACAUCCAGAGGGCACCAUACAGGUCCCAGGCUGUCUUAGAGGAGCUCUCGGCCCGGUCCGCCUCGCCCUCCCUGCUGACGGCCACCGUAGGUCAGAGAGUCCUCAGCUGGCUGGAUGACGGAUCAGGAUGCACCAGCCCAGAGCGUGUCGCAGCACUGUGGACCGAGGAGGGCAUCCGGAACAGCCGGGACAUCCUGCAGACUCUGGACUUCCCCCUGGAGGAGCGUCUCAGUCUGGCCGAUCUCACUCUGGCUCUGGACAACGAGCUGCUGGUCAGCGGGAACGGGAUCCACCAGGCGGCGCUCAUCUCCUACAAGAACGAGAUCCAGCACCUGCAGGAGGUGGCGGAGCAGGCCUGCAGGGAGCGCGACAAGUUGAAGGCGGACCUGGACGUGGCGGAUCAAAGGAACCUGCAGCUGGUCCGAGAGGUGGAUGACCGCCAUGCCAGCAUGGAAACACUGAACGAGAGCAGGAUCAGGGACCUGGAGCAGGACUUCCGGGACCGGCUGAUGACCCUGCGCUGUCAAUCGGAGCAGGAGAGCGAGGUGUUGCUGCAGCAGGUGGAGCGGGAACACCAGACGCUGCAGGACGAGCUACAGCUGCUCAGAGUGCAGGAGGUGGAGCUUCAGGAGGAGCUCUGCAGCAUGGCGCAGGAGAACCGACGUCUGAUGGAGGAGCUGAGUGCCGUGAAGCUGAAGCUGACUGAAGCAGAGAGUUCGGUGUCCAGACUGCAGGGAGAUCUGAACCAGCUGCUGCACGACAAGUUGGGCAGUUUGGACGCAGCUGGUGCCGGUCUGAGUCAUGAGGAGCGAUUCUCCGAAUUCAUCAAAGAGUACGAGCUGCAGUGCCGGGAGCUGCGGGACAGAAAUGAUGAGUUGAGCUCAGAGUUGGAGCUGCUGAAGAGCAACAGGAAGUCCAGGCAGACCGCAGGAGAUGCCGAUGCACUGAGCUGGAGUCGUCAACGCGCAGAGUCGGACUCAGACGACUCUGACAUGAAGCGAAGCUUGUCUCCUGCAAGGAGGAGGAAACUACAGCCGGACAAUAAAACUGCUCUGUGCUCAUUGGACGAUGUCUCUGGUUUGUCCUCAGCUCUGUGCUCAUUGGACGAUGUCUCUGGUCCGGCCGUCAGCAUCCAGACUGAGCUGGCUGUGGAACAGCUGAAGCAGAAGCACGAGCAGGAGCUGCAGCAGCUGAACAUCCAGCUGGAGACGCAGGUGAACUACUACGAGCGCAGUCUGGAGAAGAUGAGGCAGAGCAUGGAGGUGGAGCGUAAAGACAUCUGUCAGGCCUUCAAGCUGGAGAUCAGCGAGCUGGAGGAACAGAAGUCUCAGGUGGAGCAGCAGGUGAAGGAGCUGAAGGAGGCGCUGGACAAACUGCAGAUUCAGAUCCAUCAAGGAGGAGGAGGGUGGAGCAACGAGCAGGAGCGCAGGAUGCAGCGGGACCGGGCUGAGCUUGAGACAAACUUCGCCAGAGAGAUCAGUAACCUGGUCCAGAAACUGAGCAGCGAGAAGGACCAGCUGGAGGCAGAGCUGAAGUUGAAGAUGGACCAGGAAGUGAUGGCUGUCAGGGAGGAGUCCAACCUGCAGCUCUCUCAGGUGAAGCUGCAGAAUGAGGAGGAGGUCCAGCACCUGGAGGAACAGGUCUCAGGUUUACAAGAGGCCAUACAGAAGUCCGGCCAAACGGAGGCCAUGUUGGAGGAAGAUCUGGAAGCUUCUCGGAGGCGGUGUUCUGAGCUCGAGGCCCGGCUGGAGGAGGCCUGCACUCAGCUGGAGGACAGCAUCAUGUUCCUGGAGUCACAAGACCUUCUGAACAAACACCUGGCCUCAGAAAAGAGCGCUGUGGAGGAGGAGCUCCACCAGGCAAAGACCCGGGCGGAUAAGGACCUGGUUCAGGUCUCCCAGCUGAAGGCGGAGCUGGAAGACCUGCGGGCCGCGUCCGACAUCCUCCUGCAGGACCGGGAGGCAGCAGCCAAUAACUGCAGCCGUCUGUCCGGCGCCUUCAUCCAGCAGCAGGUCCAGCUCAGAGCCAAGGAGCAGACCAUCACCUCCCUCAGGUCUGAGCUGGAGAACCUGCAGGAGGCCCUGAGGACCAGAAUUGAGUCUGUUUCCAGACUCAUAGCUGAACUGGACUCCUUAAAGAUGGACCGAGACCGGCUGAUCCAGGACCUGAAGGACCAGGCCAUGGCUGUGGACAACCUGCAGCUGGAGCUGGACAGUGUCUCUGAGGAGCUGGACAGGAGGAGGAGCAGUGAGGUGGUUCUGCAGGAGGCUCUGAAGCAGGAGCAGAACCAGACCUUGCUGCUCCGGUCCAGUCUCGCUGAGGAGACGGAGGAGGUCCACCGUCUGAGCCAGGAGAACAGUACCUACAUCCGUCUGGUGGACCAGCUGUCCACCCAGAUUGUGGAGAUGGAGGAGGAGAUCUCCUCCCUCAGAGACCACCUGAGAGGCCUCAGCUCCCAGCUCAACGGUACCGCAGACCUGGUUCUGGACCUCCGGAAACAGCUCAACUCCAAAACCAGCGAUGUGGACCUGUUACGGGCCGAGGCUACAGAAAGACAGGCCAGGUCCGCUUCUGAGCAGCUGGAGGUCCAGAACGGAGAGCUAGACCAGGUCAGGGAGCAGGUUCGUUACCUGCAGCAGGCCCUGCAGGACUCCCAGAACCAGCUGAGGUCCGCAGAGGAAGACUUUGAGAGAGAGAAAGGAAGGAUGGCGCAGCAGCUGAUGGAGCUGGAAAGGCUGGUCCUGGAUCUGGAGGAUGUGAUGGACCCGACCAGUCCUCACAGGACUCAGCUGGAAGAGGUCCGAUCUGAGAACGCAGCUCUGCAGGAGAAGCUGAGCGUCUUGCAGCAGGAAGUCCAGAAUCUAGAGGAUGACCUCGCAAAGAAGAGGAGGAGACUGGAGGAGAUGGAGAGAGAACAUAAGAGGAGCAGGGAGGAGGAGGAGCGGCUCCAUAAGGAGAACUCUAAAUAUCGAGAGGAAGUUCUGGAUCUGAGCAGCAGGAACCUGCAGCUUAGCAGCGACAACAGCGAGCUGAGUGCUCGUCUCCAUGGAGAGCAGGAGUCGGUCCGGAUGCUGCGGGAGCGCCUAGCAACGGUUUCCAGGGAGCAUGAGGAGGAGGAAGCUACAGUGCGGUGGCUGCAGGACGCCAUGACGCAGCAGGAGAGGGAGAAGCUGCAGCAGCAGACGGGCUGGAAGCAGGAGAAAAAGCUGCUGGAGAGAGAACUCAGCUCCACCAAGGAGAAGCUGGGCCGCCAGUCACAGCUGGAGGCGGAGCUUAGCAGCGUGACUCUGAAGCUGCAGUGGGUGGAGGAGGACAAGGAGCGACUGCAGAGAGACGUCGACGAUCGAAACAACAAGGUGGAGAAGCUGCAGCAGCAGCUGAUGUCUCUGGAGACGGAGGCGGAGCUACUUCGCUCUCAGCUCCACGCCGUCACUCAGGAGAGAGUCAGCCACGCCCAGGAAGUGAUGGAGCUGCAGGAAGCUCACAGCAAGGUGGAAGAGCUGGAAGUCGGAACCAGGAGGUUGAUCAAGGAGAAGGAGGAGCUAAGCCUGAUGCUGAAGGAGCAGGAGGAGCAGGCCUCUGUCACUCUGCAGGAGGAGACCCACAAACUGAGAGUCCAGAACCAGGAGCUCCAGCACCAGCUGUCUGAGCUGCAGAUCCAGGAUCUCCAGGUCCACAAACUGACCCAGGAGCAGCAGAACCUGAAGUCCAAACUGACUGAGGUGGAGGCGGCCCGAAUGCAGGCUCAGGACCAGGCGGUGCGGGCAGACGCCGCCCUCAGCGUGGUGCAGGCGCAACAACUACGACAGUUGCACGAGCUGCAGGAGCAGGCAGGUGGCCGGAAGGAGGCGGAGCUUCUCCAGGAGCGGCUGGAGGAGGAGAUGAGGAAGAGUCAGGAGCUGGAGGAGGCGCUGCAGCUACAAGCUCAGCAGAGCAGCUCCCAGAUCAGCGUAAAGCAGGAGCAGUACGAGAAGGCAGCGGCUGCCCUGGAGCAGAGGGUGGAGGACCUGGAGAUCCAGCUGAAGGGGAUUCGUCUGGUUCUGCAGGAGAAAGUCCAGCAGCUCAAAGAGCAGAUGGCGAAGAGCAGCAAGGCGAGCGCGCUGCUGAAGGAUCUGUACGUGGAGAACUCGCAGCUGAUGAAGGCGCUGCAGGUCACCGAGCAACGGCAGAAAAACGCAGAGAAGAAGAACUUCCUGUUGGAGGAGAAGGUCGGAGCGCUCAACAAGCUGCUGCGAGAGAUCGUCCCCGCUGCGCUGGCCACGUGACCACGCCCACAUGACCACGCCCACGUGACAGACGAAUCACAGUUCGAUGUUUCUGUGAACUUUUUAAAUGUGAAAAUUUGAUGCGAUGACGAAUCAGGGCACUGAAGACGUCGCUUCAGCCUCUUACUCACUGUUUCCCAUUUUAUAAAUAAAGUUUUAUUUGUAAUAAAGGUCCAGGUUCACCGUCAGAGCGACGUUUGUCUGAUGUGCACGUGGAGCUGGGUUCGUCCAAGAUUUCCUUCAUCCGGCCCCGAUUCAUCUUUUAAAGUUACAGAUCAAAGCCAGGACUUCUGAACAGACUCAAAACAUCAAAUUUUCUCCUCAGAAGUUUCUCCCUCAAACGGCUCCAGAUUUAAACCGAUCGAUCAAUUUCUGGAUAAAUUCUCUGAUCAGUUCAAUAGUUUCCACACAGAAUGGUGGAUAGAUCAGUUUCUGGAUGAAUCAGCAGCAUCUCUCACACAUCACUGUUGUCAUGGCAACAGAUCCCAGCAGCUCCCAAUCUAUUGAUCGAUUUAUCCAGUUGAAACUAAGAAAAGGAGCUGAACUCAGUCUGAGAGGAAAAUUUAUUGAUUGUUAAGCAAGCCUAAGCUAGCUUAGCACAAACACUGGGAGUGGAUGGAAACUGUUAGCGCCAAUAAACAAAAGUCAACUGAAAUAAUGAUCUGUUUUUCUGCUAAUUCUUCAUCGACACACCGUGUUUCUGCCGUUAAAUCAGCUGCUUCCUGUUCACGUUUUUAACUGAAAUCCAACAAAGUCGUUAAGAAUUUUUCCUGUUAACUCCUGAAAGUUGCCAAAACUCACAGCUGUCUCUUUCCACCAAACUGUGUAAGUUAUGAGGGAUUUCAUGUAAGCAGCCAUUUUUCACCUGUGUGUCUCAGUAUUGUGUAUCUUUAGCUUUUAUUGUUUCGCAGAAGGCGGAGUCUUCCUCUGCUACUGAAGAGUUUCUGUCUGCAGGCUGCCUCAGUCUCCUGUUUUUUCCUCAGAGUGACACCUCCUGUUACUCCAGCUCCUUGUUUUAUGUCCCACCUGUUCAGGUGCAACAAACCAAAGUCACAUUAAAUUAUGUUUUUAUCA